AUGAACAAGCACCUCAAGACCCACACUGGCGAGAAGCCGCACCAGUGCACGGUCUGCAAGAAUCGGUUCAGGAGCGGGUGUGCCCUCAAAGUUCACCUGUUUCGCAAGCACACCAACAGUGGCCCCUACGAGUGCAGCCUCUGCCAUAAGUUUUUCCAGUGCCCAAGUUACCUCAUCAUUCACAUCACCCGCCACGUGAACACGCCGCCCUUCGGGUGCCCGCUGUGCCACAAACCCCAGGGCGACAGGCGCGUCCUGUACCACCACCUCAAGGAGCACGUCCCCGUCAAGGUCGUGCGGCUGCCGUACCAAACGACCCGCGGGCCGACACCUCCAGCCCCGUUCCUCUGCACCGAGUGCGGCGGGAGGUUCCGGAAGUGCGAGCGGCUCCUGCAGCACCUGUGGACUCACAUCCGGGCGGGGCGGGGCCGCGGCGGGCCGUGA